AAGCUGUCUGGGUCACGCCUACGGCAUCAUCACACAUUUCAUCAUUCUGGCCAAUUCUUCGUCAGUGCUGAGCGUCGUAUCCCAUCUCCGUCUUUUCACAAGCCCUGCCAGCCACCCAGGAGACUGCUCGAAGCCAAUUGUCGCUGAAUUCGUGGACUUGGACGUUGGACGCCAUGUACGGGGACCUUGGAAACAAGCUUGUGCAAAAUGCAAAGCGCAUGCAGAAUCUAGCCCACCUGCCUCCUUACCAGACGGAAGUUGUUCGCGCAGUGACGAGGGAGGUUCGUGACCUGGACAAGGACGUCAACAGCCUGCUUGAACCCUUCCAAGGGUCCUUCGACCCAAGCAGGGAUCAGGCAACGGCAUGCACUCUGCUUGUAAAUCACCUGUCGAUGAGGCGAAACAAGCGGUGCCUCCUCGCCUACCAUCGCACACGCACGGACAGGCUCGAGGAGCUCGUGUGGAAAGGUUCCGACAUUGUCGAUCUCGCCGGUCAGCAAGUCCGUGAUGGGGCAGUGUCAACCGGGUCAGGUCUGGGCGAUAACACCACCAGCAGUCUGAGUCCCCAUGAAGAAGACUAUGUUCGGCAGUACAGUGAUUUGCUCGCAGCAUAUAAAGGCCAAUGGACGGAUAUAGAUCUGACGGGGAGCCUGGAGCCGCCUCGCGACCUGUUCAUUGAUGUCCGCGUGCUUAAAGAUGCGGGAGAAAUCCAGACAGAAUAUGGCGCAAUCACCCUCACCAAGAACAGUCAGUUCUACGUUCGCCAAGGAGAUGUUGAGCGUCUAAUAGCACAAGGCUACCUGCAGAAGCUUGGCUGAACGUUACAGCGAGGACCACGAACGAUACUUCGAAGAC